GUGCCGAGAAGGGGCAGAAUUACGCAGACACGCAUCGCACACAGAGAGCACAGCCAAUCGACUAUCAGUUUUGAAUGAUUCCUUGGAAUAUUCCAGAAACCUUGCCUUGCUAGUGCUUGAAAGCCGUCAUUGAUAUCGUCAGGAAGCAAUGUUGCAUACACCACCGACCAAGGGCACGUUUGUAGCAGGGGAGUCAGCGGAGGGAUCAACUGCUGAGCCUUUCACGGAUCCCUUGCACGCCACAAGCGAAGAGUCCAUAGCCGUUGAUGAAAGCAGCGUAUCGGUGGAGCUACCUCAACAGUUGGUGCCUGAGUUGCAGCAGUUGGUGUCCCAGUUCUUGCACGAUGUCCAGCAGCCAAAGUACAACAAACCGCUCACAGCUGAACAGCUCAGCGACAUGUUCCAGGACUUCUAUCAGAUGUUCCAGUAUAGAGUGGACCUCUUUGUCAAAGGGUCCGUGUAUUACAAAAAUAGACUCAAGGAGAUUGAGAUGUUGACAGCUGAGGAGCAAGUGCAGAGGAAGAAGAUUUUACUACAAGUGCACUUGAAGAUACGGAGGUAUGUACAGCUGGGCGAAGAUGAUAUCUGCACCUCGUUGUUUGACAAGCUAUUCAACAAGUUCCCCGAGGAUGUUGAGAUAAACAACUACAUCAAGAAGAAGAUAUCCCUCAUGAAGAGGAUCAAAGAUUUGGACUACUGCAAGUUGCUGGACGUCAACAUGAAGUUGACGCCCGAGCUGGACUCUGUCUCCCAUAUAUUUAGCGAGCUUUGUCACUUGAAAACACCGUGUGAUAAGCUUGACGUUCUCCUGUCGAUCCAUGCCUCCAUCAACUCUACACUGUUGAAGCAGGUUUCCCAUGUUGAUGGCGAUUACAUAUUGCCGAUACUGAUUUACCUCAUACUGGUGAACGAGGAUGACGUUGACUUCUACUUGAACUUGAUGUACAUCAAAAGGUUCAGGAAACAUUCUCUAUUGGUUGAAGACUCGCUCUAUUGCCUCACAAACUAUGAGGCUGCGCUGAUGUAUAUCCAGUCUUUGGACCUGACUGAAGAUGAAUAUGACCUUUCAGAGAUUUCAGAAGAGGACUGCCAUUUUCUCAAGACACCACUCGUCUUGAAAUCACACCCUGACGCCAAAGUUUCCCCAACCCCAACAAGAUCUAUCGGGUAUGCACUUGAUUCAGGCAUCAAGUCCAUGAUCAACAGGUUUUCCUCCCCUUCACCAGUACAUGAACAAGUCGCUUCUACAGUAGACGAAGAGAGUUAUAACCCCUUGAAUAGAUUGGCUGCAGGUGUUAUGAAAUGGAGAAACUCAUCUGAGAAGACCCCAACAGUGACAACAUCCACUACAUCUACAAAUACCUUUACAGGACGUGUUAGAUCCAGAACAAAUUCUUUACAACAACGUGUUAGAAGUCAACUCAACUUGAACGAAACACCACUGUCAAAUCUUUCCACAACGGCGUCGAAUGCAUCGUCUGUUGACUACAGCAAAUUCAAAGGCAAGCAAUUUGAAGAUUUGACCAUCUCGCAAUUGAAGGAAAUGUACCAGGACUAUCAAACACUGGUUGCACAACAUAAAUAAGGAUUUAAACAUACACAUAGAUCUUGAAACUAGUACUCACAUCAAUAAAAGUGUAAAUAA